AUGUCUGAUAUUGAGGGAUCACCAGGAAGCUCCAUGCAUGGAGUUACAGGAAGAGAACAAACCUUCCUUUCAUUAGUUGCUUCCCCAAUGGUUCCAACUGACACCACUGCCAACUUUGCAUUACCAGUUGAUUCUGAGCACAAAGCCAAAGUUUUCAAACUCUUUUCAUUAGCCAAUCCACACAUGAGAACCUUCCAUUUAUCAUGGAUAUCUUUCUUCACUUGUUUCGUCUCCACUUUCGCAGCGGCACCACUAGUCCCUAUCAUCCGCGACAACCUUAACCUCACGAAAGCAGACGUUGGUAACGCUGGUGUUGCUUCCGUUUCAGGUAGUAUUUUCUCAAGGCUAGCAAUGGGUGCUGUGUGUGACCUAUUAGGUCCACGUUACGGUUGUGCUUUUCUUAUUAUGUUAACUGCACCGACAGUGUUUUGUAUGUCAUUUGUUGAAGAUGCUGCUGGUUACAUAGCAGUUAGGUUUAUGAUUGGUUUUUCAUUGGCAACAUUUGUUUCAUGUCAAUAUUGGAUGAGUACAAUGUUUAAUAGUAAGAUAAUUGGUCUUGUGAAUGGUACUGCUGCUGGUUGGGGUAAUAUGGGUGGUGGUGCCACUCAACUUAUUAUGCCUUUGGUUUAUGAAUUGAUUAGAAGAGGUGGUGCUACUCCUUUUACUGCUUGGAGAAUUGCCUUUUUUAUCCCUGGUUGGUUGCAUGUUAUCAUGGGUAUUAUGGUCUUAACAUUAGGCCAAGAUUUACCUGAUGGUAACCUUGGUGCUUUACAGAAAAAGGGUAAUGUUGCUAAGGACAAGUUCACAAAGGUGUUAUGGUAUGCUAUAACAAAUUAUAGGACAUGGAUAUUUGCCCUACUUUAUGGUUACUCUAUGGGAGUUGAGUUAACCACUGAUAAUGUUAUUGCUGAGUAUUUCUAUGACAGGUUUAACCUAAAUCUACACACAGCUGGUAUCAUUGCUGCAUCUUUCGGAAUGGCGAACCUAGUUGCUCGUCCUUUCGGCGGAUAUGCAUCAGAUCUUGCAGCGAGAUUAUUCGGCAUGAGAGGAAGACUAUGGACACUAUGGAUCCUCCAAACGCUCGGAGGAGUUUUCUGCAUAUGGUUAGGCCGAGCCAACACACUUCCAAUUGCAGUAUUAUCCAUGAUUCUGUUCUCAGUAGGAGCACAAGCUGCAUGUGGUGCAACAUUUGGAAUCAUUCCUUUCAUUUCAAGAAGAUCUUUGGGUAUUAUAUCAGGUUUAACAGGUGCUGGUGGAAACUUUGGUUCUGGAUUAACCCAGUUGAUAUUUUUUUCAAGCUCAAAAUUCUCAACAUCAACCGGUCUUUCUUUAAUGGGUGUAAUGAUUGUAGCUUGCACACUUCCUGUGAGUCUUGUUCAUUUUCCACAGUGGGGUGGGAUGUUGUUUCCAGCGUCAAAAGAGAUAAAUGAAGAACACUAUUACACAUCUGAAUGGAAUGAGGAUGAAGUGCAGAAAGGGUUGCAUCAACCAAGUCUUAGGUUUGCUGAGAAUAGUCGUUCUGAGAGAGGAAAGCGUGUGGCUUCUGCAGCAACACCACCAAAUACAACUCCUAACCACUAG